UCUUCGAAUAAAACCUUCUUCCAUGUAUCUUCUCCACUCCGCUUCCGUUAAUGUCCGACCUCAACCGUCCCCCCAUCUUGAUUCCGUUCUAUCACCUUAAACGUUUUCAAUCUUCUUCAUUCUUUCUUUACUCGCUAAUUCUUCAAACCCUUUCACUAUCUACAUCGAAUCAUCUUCUUCUGAAACGGUCUUUCGAAAAAUGGCUGAAUCUUCCAAUGUCGUUCAUGUUCGCAAUGUUGGUCAUGAGAUUUCUGAAAAUGAUUUGCAUCAGCUUUUUCAACCAUUUGGGGCUUAUAACUAAGCUUGUCAUGCUCAGGGCAAAGAAUCAGACUCUUCUCCAAAUGCAAGAUGUUCCUUCAGCAGCCAGUGCCCUUCAGUUUUUUACUAAUGUGGAGCCAACUAUAAGAGGUAGGAAUGUAUAUGUCCAGUUCUCUUCUCAUCAAGAGUUGACAACUAUAGAGCAGAAUAUUCAUAGACGGGAAGAUGAGGUUUGUAAAUGUUACCCCAUUCAGUUAGCGUCAUUAAUUUUACAUGACAAAGCAUGUUGUUUUAUAUUUAUGUCAAAUGAGGAGCUUACAUCUCCCUUGUGGUUCUUAACCGUCACUUCAUCUUUUCUUUCUAUCUUCUUUCCGGCUAUUGUCUGACUGGUGGUUUGCUGUGGGAUGGUGGAUUAUGUACAGCCGAAUUGUAUUCUCUUAGUCACAAUCUAUCACAUGCUGUAUCCAAUUACUGUUGACGUGCUGCAUCAAGUUUUUUCUCCUUAUGGAUUUGUCGAGAAGAGAGAGAGAGAGUGAAAGACAUGGCUUUGAGGUUUAAAGAGGCCAAAAAACGUAAGAAGAGCCUCAAACUUCAUGAGUUCCUCGAGAAGGACAAGGACAAGGAUAAGGGGAACACGGAUUUGAAGAAGAAGCAGAGGAAUAAUGUGAAGCGUCCAAACUUUGAUCAUUACUCUCCCCAACAACUUUCUCAAUUGAUUCAGUCCUUAGAACGGACUAUCUCUAAACUGCAAGAAAGGCUUCGUUUUGUUGAGGCGCAGAAACAGAGGAACGCGAACAUGGUUCGGAUGAACCAACAACCCUUGAAUCCUAGCAAGUUCUCGCUGUAUAUGUACAACCGUGAAGAUGUUACCCUCUCCUAGCUCCCACUCACUGCUUCAUAUUCAAAUCAACUCACCAAUUACCAAAAUCGCUUGAUGAAGCAGGAACCUUAUGGUUAUAACAGUCAUAACAUGUGUAUGGACAACAUGAUUACCAACACAAACUUUCGACAUCCCUACGUCUCAACAACACAAGACUACUCACAGUUACUUCCAGUGCAAGCAUCUGCAGUAAAUAACUUCGGGUUGAAGAAUCACUUGAUGCAGCAGCAAGAGCUUUAUGGUUCUCAUGACAACGUUCUGCGACAUCCUUAUCUCUCAGACACAGUUCCACAUGAGUUCUCUUCUAAUCUCCAGAACAACCCUUAUGGUGAGAUGGUCGGAAACACUAACUUCUCUCAAGAUACGUUUUCAAGCUAUGAUACGGGUACUCUGCCUCAUACAUCUUCUCUGACAUCUCUCCACACCAGUCCUAACAGUUAUUGUCUUUCUGAUAACAAAAAGCUCUCCUGAAGUAUAGAAGUUGAAGAAGCUAUUAGCUCCCAUCAAGAGUUAGUCAAUGGUGAAGUAGCACGAAGAUCAGAGAUAGUGGAACUGUUUCUGCGUAUUCCUCUUGCUACAAUUUUUAAAGUUUUUGAGUAUGAUUAUGACUGAAAAACAGAUUUAUCGAUCCGUGAAGAUUUUGUUUUGAAUUUUAAUUUUAUGCACAUCCUAUUAUGAUUGUUUCA